CCAUGUCAGAAAAUAUCUAAAAUAGAGUUUCAUCAAUUUUUGAAAAGCUUAAUAACAUUUCAACAAGUGUUUAAGAUGAGUACAUAAGUUUUUUUAUAUUUAAUAGGAAAAAUAAUCGAUUCCAUACUAUUAGCCAAUUAAUAAUGGCAUUUGAAGCUUAAUUAUAGCAUUAAUCUGACUAAAAGGAAGAGAAAUUUGCUUAUAUUGCUCAAAAAGUUAGAUAAUUAACAGAAUUUUUAGAAUAAGAAUAAGAAGAGUAAAGAUGUUUAAUAAUUAUGAUAGUCGUGAAAGAUAAGAAAGUGAAACCUUUAAAUUGAUAACAGAUCUUGAAAGACAUGCCAGAAGAUUAAUUGAACAAAAUUCUAAGGACAGAGUUGAACAAGAAAAAAAGAUAGUUUAUACUAUAGGAUAAUAAAUAGAAAGUUUAUAAUAAGAAGUUGUAAAAGAAGGAUUGGUAUUUUAUUUAAUUAAUAUUUUAGGCUCAAUCUACAUCACAUGAAUAUAUUGAUUCUUAUUUGAAUGAAGAUCUACCAAAAAUAGCUGAUGAAUUAUAAAAUGAGAUAACAGAAAGAAAAGAUGUUGAAGAAAAAAUAUAUCACUAAUUUGUGGAAUAAUUAAAUGAUUUAAGAGAAUUAUUUGAAAGGUAUAGAGUAUAAUUAAUCAAUUAAUAGAGAAAAGAAAGAAAGAGAAGCCAAAGAGGAAGAAAUAGUAGAAAGUUUAAGAGAAAUCUCUGGAAGAAUUUAAGAAUAACUUAAAAAAACUAGAAAUGAAAGAGAGAAAACUGAAGAAACUUUAGUCUAACUAGUCGAAAAAGUUAUUGAAAAACUUAAGAGGGAAAUGUUAGAAAUGAACUUAUGAUA